CAGGCUGCCCCGCGGGCUCUCCCGAGACCAAGCGGCCUCUCCGUCUGCGCCGCGAAGGGAAGAUGGCGGCGCUGGUGGUUUUCUGGUCUCCGGCGCGCGGACUGCGCGGGCUCAUGCAGCGCUGCUGGGGACAGCUGGAGCGGAGUCUCCUGCGGGGGCUGCCCGCCCCCCCCUGGGCACCAGCAUUGGCUGUUCAGGCUCCAGCUACUCUUCCUGAUCCACUGGAAGAUAUUAGGGAAGAAAGUAACAAGGCUCCAAACUUUUUAGAUAGCAUCUUUUGGAUGGCAGCUCCCAAGAAGAGACGUACUAUUGAAGUGAACCGCUGCAGAAGAAGACAUCCUAGUAAACUUAUAAAACUCAAGACAAAUAUAGAUGUUUGUCCUGAAUGUGGCAAUCUGAAACAGAAGCAUGUCCUUUGUGGCUAUUGUUACAAAAAAAUUAAAAUGGAAACCGGUCUCAUAAGGAUCCAAAUAAAGGAAAAGGAAGCAGGGCCAUUUAAUGCUCCCACUGUUGAGACUGUAGUCUUGUAUGAGGGAGAGAAGCCCACAGAACAAGAUGAAGGCAAGCGGAUCAUUGAAAGAAACAGAAAACGUCCAAGCUGGUUCACACAGAAUUGAUUCCAUGGAACUAUAGAACUCCAUGUGGUCAAAAACAGUUGAUACUUCAGGAAAGAAGAAAAUGUUUAUCAAGAACAUUCAUUUUUUUAGUUCACUUAAUGCUAAGAUGGGAAGCUGUCACCUUUUGGAAAACCUACUUCAAAAGCAUUUCCUUUAUGUGGGGUUGAAUGUCAUUGCCAUAGUGUGGCAGUGGGAAAUAUCUGAAUGUAAUAGCAUCGUAGUUGUAAAAAGUAUGCUUUAAUGCUAUACUACUGUAAAUUUAAGUGGUGAUUUUUACGUAAUGGCAUAAUGUAAAAUACAUUCACAGCUGUAAAAUAAAGUAUAUUCUGUAGGGA